AUGGCGCCGCCGGCUCCCGCCGAGAGACCGGCGGCGCCGGCCGCGCCGCCGGCUCCCGUCCCGGCCGUCGCGGCCGCGCCGCCGCCGGCUCAGAAGCCGGCCGCGCCGCCGCCGGCUCCGAAGCCGGCCGCGCCGCUCCGCGGGCCGCCGACGGCCGGAGACUCGUCGGACGAGGAGUCGUCGUCGGACGAGGAGUCGGAGGACGCCGCCGAGGACGAGGACGCGUCGGAGGACGCCGCCGCCGCCGCCGAGGACGAGGACGAGUCGGAGGACGCCGCCGCCGCCGCCGAGGACGAGGAGGAGUCGGAGGACGCCGACGCCGCCGCGCCGCCCGCGGCGACCGCCACCGCCGCGGAGCCCGAGUGGCGGACGGAGGGCCCCCACGUGGGCCAGUGGAUCACGCGGUCGAUCCUCGACGACGAGUCCCAGGUCGCGUCGUUCUCCGUCGGCCAGGUCGUGGGCUACCUGAGCGCGGCCGAGUCCGACUACGUCGACCCGAGCGGCAUGGACGCGGCGCUCUGGCACGUGGCCUACGCGUCCGGCGAGCUCGCGGGCGACGCGGAGGACCUCGAGGAGUGGGAGCUCCUCGAGUCGGCGCCGCGACUCACGCGGCCCGAGGAGCCGCGCGCCGCGCGCGCCGCGGCGCCGGCCGCCGAACCGGCGGCGCGGCCGCGCGCGCGGGACCCGCCGGCCAGCGACGCGCGCAUGGAGGCCUGGGUCCGGGACCACGCGCGGGCCGGCGACAGCGACACGGUCAAGGAGGUCUACGACGCCUUCGCCGGCCGCUUCGGCGUCGAGCUGACGAAGGCGCGGCGGAAGUGGGUGAAGCGCGUCGUCACCGACACCCUGCUGGCCAUGGACAGCCAGAGCCAGAGCCAGAGCCAGCGCCUCAGCCAGAGCCUGGGCCACAGCGACGACGAGGAGGAGGACGACGAGGAGGAGGACGAGGAUGAGGACGAGGAGGACUCGCCGGCGUCGCCGCCGAAGCGCGCGCGCGCGGCGCCGCCGAAGCCGCCGCCGCCGAAGCCGUCGCCGCCGCCGAAGCCGCGCCGCGCGGCCGCGGCCGCCGCGCCGGCCUCGCCGCCGAAGCGCGCGCGGUCGCCGCGCGCGGCCGCGGCGUCGCCGGCGCCGGCGUCGCCGCCGAAGCGCGCGCGCCUGCCGCGCGCGCUCGCGAACAUCUCGGACCACCUCGCGUCGGGCGGUCGCGACCCGGCGCCCGCGCCCGUCGCCGUCGCCGGCGCGCGGCCCCACUACGAGUGCGCGCGCUGCACCUUCGUCAACAAGACGACGGCGGCGAGGUGCGCCAUGUGCGACGGCGCGCUCCCGAAGCGCCGGCGGCAGGGCCGGGGCUAA